AUGCUGGCUGCCAUGGAAAAGCUGAAUCAGUCACAUUUCAUCAUUACUGGUUUGUCUGGGCUUGAGGACUGGGCUUCCCAGCUGAGUUUAUUCACUUUUCUGCUGCUGGUAUAUACCACUGUUCUUGCAGAAAGCAUUGUGUUCAUUACUAUUAUCAUACAAAAUGAACUCCUACACUCACCUAUGUACUCAUUUAUUGGUAAUCUAGCUGUCUUGGACAUGUGUCUGCCUUCAGUGACAGUUCCUCAAAUCCUGUACCAGUUACUGUGGAAUGACAAGACCAUUAAUUUCAUAGCAUGUAUCAUCCAAAUGGGACUGUUUAUAUGCCUCAAUAUGACUGAGUGUUUCACCUUCACGGCCAUGGCUUAUGACCGCUACCAGGUGAUUUGUAAACCUCUGCAUUAUCCAACAAUAAUGACGAAUAGGAAAGCAACAAAACUUGGAGUUCUUUGCUGGGUUCCAGCAGUAGUGAUUGCAAUUAUUCACAUCUGGACUGUGUUUACUUUGAAAUUCUGUGGACUGAAUGAAAUUUUUAGCUAUUAUUGUGAGCAUAUGUUAAUAAUAAAGUUAUCAUGUACAGAUGUAAGUGCAUACUCUGUAUUUACAGUGGCUUUUGCUAUGUUAAUUAUUUCUUCUGCAAUGUGUUUCAUUUUCCUCACUUAUCUGAAGAUCCUGAUGGCUGUUAACAAAGUUGCAUCUAAAGAUGGACGUCAGAAGGCAUUCUCUACCUGUGUGAGUCACCUGAUUGUCAUUGCUCUUUUCCUUUUUGGGGCAGGCGGCGUACUCAUUUCUUCAUACAUCAGAAACAGCUCAGUCAAUGUUGCUGUCAUUUCAGGAAUUUUCCAAAAUAUUUUUCCUCCGUUAAUGAAUCCUAUAAUUUACUGUGUGAAAACAAAAGAAAUCAGAAUCAGUUUACUGAAAGCUAUAAAAAAGAAUGUACUUAAUUACUAA